AUGCGUUUCAAUCUCGCCGUCGUUGCCACCACCCUCUUGGGCAUGUCGCUUGCUACCCCAACCAGCCUCGUUGCAAGAGACACUGCUGUUCAAAAUACUGAUCUCAUCCUUUACGUCCAGGGCGAGGCACUCUCCCCGGAUGUCAGUUUGAAGUGCAUCCUGAACUGCGCUUCUGUUAUUCUUGAGGCCGCCUGUAUCGCCGCUGCCAUUGCCGAGGAGGCCCCUGCUGCCAUUAAGCUCUGUACUAAGAUUGGCAAGAUCUGCGGUUGUGCUGACUGCAUCCCGAAAUUGGGCCCCUUCCUCAACAAGCACCAUCUUUGCUAG